AUGGCUGAGGCUUCGAUUGCUUACCCCGCGUCAUUAGACACGCUAUAUGAUGAAGCGUCCUCGUUGAAGCAAUUAUAUGAGCCUAUCCAGUUAGCAGAUGCUGAGAUAGUUCCAAUCUUACAGCUACCUCUCGCAAAGACUGUCUUUGGCCACGAUUCGGCAGAUGAGAGUACUCUCGCUCGUGUAUCUAGCGGAGAAAUCUCGUAUACAACCUUUUUGGCCAACAAGACGAAGUCCAUAUCUCAUACGCCACUAGAUGGCUUGACCCCUGAACAGCGGAGCUCGCAGCUGCUUCACAUUGGUCUAGCAGCCCUCUUCAGUUUUCUUCAGUCCAAUGUCACUGGACCCCCACUAAGCUUCAACCCUGCAGAGCUAAUUAUUCCGUCCACUCUGCGAACUGAUCCGACAUGUCUGAGAGCCGUCCGAGCGCAUAUAAUUCGCGACCUCUCAGUGGAUGGCGAAGCGGCUUAUAGAUUGACUCCUAAUGUGGAGCUUUUCGCUGUUGCGAAGGCUAUCCUAGCCGAUACUGAUGUUCUACUUACGAAUGGCCCGUUGGUUGCGAGGACGGCAAGAAUGCGUGUCAAUUUUCUUCACCAGAAGAUGCUAUCAGAAAUCACUGGCACGCUUCAGGAUGCGAUCUAUUCCGAUAUGGAGCAAAUUAGCAGCAUUUUGUUGAAUGGAAAUACUGCUGGCUCAGAGAAAGGGAAAUUCCUACUCGAGAGAGCACUUAUCCACACUCACCACGGUCUUGAUUCCAAAGCUAGAGCCGAUAUCGACAAGGCUGCAUCAGAACGGAACUUCAAAUUUGCUUUAACCGGAAAAUUGGGCAAAAGAACCAAGUUCCAAGAGCGCGAUAUCAGUCAACUCGUCAUCAUUGCGAAGAGUGCCGACGAUGCAGCGGAUACGAACAUCAACAGCUCAGGUGAUUCGGAGCCCUCGGGGCCGAAGAACUUAGACCUCAACGAUGAUACCCUUCUGGAAUCUAUAUCUUUUACGAAAGAUGAGAAACAAGAGAUCCAGAAUAAUCAAGUUACCGUACAAGAGGAGUCGACGCUCCCGCCAAUGCUGGCAUCUCUUGAUCCUGGGAAUCAGCCAAAGCUCAGCCCUGUGGACUCCGCUAUUCUCUUAGCUCUUGCAGCCGCGAUAACUAACACCACACCUGAGGAUGGUCUAACUCGAGAGGAGACACACCCCUACGCCACCCGAGUUCUUGAGGGUGGUAGCUCAAACUGGCAGAUCUACACACAGGGUCUUCUAGCUCGGAGCAGAAUUGAGGGCUAUAGGGCUCGAACUGUGGAAAGAUCUGUUUUACAAAUGCAAGCCCUUGUGGAUCAAGUCAUUGCCGACACCGCUACCCUCGAUAGUCAAGCCACUUCUACUGUCGAGGAACCUACUACAUUCCUUCCAAGACCCGAGAAAUCCGAAUCCGCGUCAGCUGCAGAGAGACUUGAAUACAUAUGGCUUCUGAGUUUCUCCACCAGGUGGGAUCUCGAGGCUGAGCUGGCAUCUCGUUGGGUCAAUCUCGGAGGAUUGCGCACUGCUCUGGAAAUUUAUGAGCGUUUACAGAUGUGGGCGGAGGCUGCGCUAUGCUAUGCCGCUACAGAAAGAGAGGAGAAGGCUAAGUCCACGGUUCGCAGACAACUCUACGAACCUACGAACAAAGACCUUGAGGACGAAAAUGACAAGUUUGAGGGACCCGAGCUCUCGCCUCUCCCUGCUGAUGCCCCAAGGCUUUUCUGUAUUCUGGGAGAUCUUGACUCAGACGCAACCAUGUACGAGCGCGCGUGGGAGGUCUCGAAUAACAGAUACGCUCGUGCUCAGAGGUCUCUGGCUCGGCAUUACCUCUCGAUGAAGCCGCCUGCUUUGGAAAAGGCAGAGGAAGCUUUCCGCAAGAGCUUGCAAAUUAACCGUCUUAACCACGGCGCUUGGUUCUCUCUAGGCUGCGUGCAGCUUGAACUACAACGUUGGGAUGAUGCGAAGGCCUCAUUUACUCGGGCUGUCCAAUUGGAAGAAAACGAUGCUGAAUCAUGGAGCAACCUUGCUGCAGCUAUUCUACAAACACCUCAGCCAGAUGAAUCCACGCCUACUGCUGUGGAGCAGCUGCCAGACGAAGAGCGCGAACCGGAAACAGAGAAAGCACCGGAAGAUCCUCACAAGCACAAGCGCGAGGCCCUUGCAGCCCUCAGUCGUGCGGCUCAGCUCAAGAAUACAAACUCUCGUAUCUGGGACAACGUGCUUACGGUGGCAGCUUCAAUCCCUCCUCCGUUUACCCCAUUCCGUGAUGUGAUUACCGCACAGAGGAAACUCAUCGAGAUUCUCGGUGAUAAGAAAGGCGAAAAAUGCAUCGAUCUUGCGAUCUUGGGCAUGCUUGUCGACUACCUUACCACUGCCUACGAGUAUGAAGAGCUUGUAAUCAACGUUGACAAUGGCAGUGAGCCUCCUCAGCAAGUCAUUCGCAGUGGUACAAUCGCUGGCCAGAUUCUGUCUCUGCUGGACAACUCGGUUGUGCCACAAAUCACGCACUCUGCCUCACUUUGGCUUCUUGUUGCCCGUGUUGAACAAUGGCGUGGACGGCCGACGAAAGCCUUAGAAGCUCAUGAAAAGGCUUGGCGUGCCACCGUGGCCUCGUCAACACAGGGAGCAUUUCAGAUGGGUGAUGAGAAGAAGUGGAUGGAAAUCGUACGUGCUACAGAAAAGUUGGUCCGCAAUGGGUAUUCUAAAUACGGACCUAUGGACAAAGAAGGCCAGGAAGAUGCGGGUGAGGCUGAGCUCGUUGCCAAAGAUUGGAGGUUUAAGGCUCGUAGUGCAGUAAGGGGUAUUCUGGGCAAAGGCAAGGAGUUCUGGGAGGAUAGUGAAGGGUGGUCGCAGUUGAAGGAGCUGCAGAGUGAGGUUGGAAGCACAUAA